CGCUGAGGGAAGAGCAGAUCAAGGCCGGUUUGAAGACUUUAGAUUUUUGUCUCCUUCGUAUCGGAUUUCGUAGGAUUCGAAGGGCCUAAACGAAAUAUUUUAAAGCCGAAAAAUGUACAGCAAGAACGUAUAACAGAAUAGGUAUAAAAGAGAGGGCUUUUUUGCAAAAUCUACAGCAUCCACGCCACGGAAGAGCAGAUCAAGGCCGGUUUGAAGACUUUAGAUUUAUAGGCAUAAUGCCCCCUCUUAUUCCUACACUGUAGACGGAGGCCUGUUUUGUCCACUGCACACUUCACCAUUCCAUUCCAUGGCGCCGCCGCUCCUCGAUCUCCCCUCGCACUGCCUCCUCCCUCGCCUUCGCCGCCCCACCUCCGGCCGUCUCCUCCUUCACCUCCGCCUCAAACCUCUCUCCUCCUCCUCCUACACCACCACCACCACCACCACCACCAGUAGCUCCACCUCCUCCUCGCGAGCGCCUCAAGUUCCACCUAGUCUCCAUGGCCCCUCGCUCCGCCGCGGCCGCCGCCUGCCCGGCGAAACUGACGGCCUGCUCUCCUUCGCCCGCAUCUUCGAUCUCGCCGCCCUCCGCGUCCCGGCCGCCGCCUGUGCGCCCCUCGAGCGUCGCCUCCGUGGCCACCUCCUCAACUGGCCUCGCGUGCGCAACGUCGUCCGCCAACCCGGCGACGACGGCGGCCUCCUCUUCCCCGUUCCCCAUCCAAGCCUCGCCACUCCCUCCUCCCUGCCAACUGCGGUGGCUCGCCGAGAGAAGCUGGCCCGCGAGUUCAACGCCCGAGGCUUCGUGCAAUUCCCCAACCUUGCCAAGAUGUCGCGGCCCCCCGCGAGGAAACGGAAGGGGAAGAAGGAUGAAGGAGGCGGCGAGGCUGCGGCUACGGCAAGGGAUACUAAAGACAAAGUAUAUGUGGUGGAGGUGAUCGGAGAGAGAAAAGAGGAGCACGGCGACGAGUGGAUGGGGUUGGUCGGGGAGGAGGGGUUCGGGAGGAUCACGUGGAGAGGAGGUCCCACCCGGUUGCUGCUCCUGGACGAGAACUAUGCCAACAAGAGGGUUGAUGACCUCCCGGAGGCUGUCAAGGUUGUGUUGGACCAUGAAACUAACAAGGAUGGAUCUUCAUCCUACGAGCUUGUGCAAUGCCAAUUGACCUUGUUCUACAAUUACUGGCCAAUGAAUGAGAUUUUAGAGGAAAUACUCCCAGAAGGAAUAAUCGUUCCUACAGGGUUUGAGACAGUAGGGCAUAUUGCACACUUGAACUUGAGGGAUGACCAUUUACCUUACAAGAAGCUUAUUGCUCAGGUGGUACUGGACAAAAACAAGCCAAAGAUCCAAACUGUUGUCAAUAAGAUUGAUGCUAUUCAAAAUGACUACAGAACAAUGCAGCUUGAAGUCUUAGCUGGUAUUGAUUCCCUUGUAACUACGGUUAUUGAAAGUGGUCUUCGGUUCCAAGUUGAUCUUUCAACAGUUUAUUGGAAUUCUAGAUUAUCAACAGAAAGACAGAGGCUUGUUGACCAUGUUUUCAAAAAUUCUGAUGUUGUUUGUGAUGUGUUCUCUGGUGUUGGUCCAAUAGCAAUAUCAGCUGCAAGAAAGGUCAAAUAUGUCUAUGCGAAUGACCUAAACCCCACUGCAGUGGAGUACCUUGAGAGAAACAUUGUUCUUAACAAGCUCGAGAGAAAAAUCGAGGUUUUUAACAUGGACGCUAGAAGGUUUAUCAGUUCAAUAUACUCAAGCCAACAUGUGCAUCCAGUCACACAAGUAGUAAUGAAUUUGCCCAAUGAUGCUGCAGAAUUUUUAGAUGUGUUCAGAGGAAUCUCAUGGAACCACCAUUUGGCUGUGCCUUCUUGUGUAAUGCCAAAUAUACACGUGUAUGGAUUCUCCAAAGCAGAAGAUCCUGAAUAUGACUUCCAUGAGAGGAUAAAUUUGACGCUGGGUGAGAACGUGUCCGAUGUUGAAAUGCAUAGAGUGCGGCUCGUUGCUCCUGGAAAAUGGAUGCUUUGUGCAUCAUUUACCCUUCCAGUAUCUGUGGCGUUUGCAAAGCCAAAUUACAUUGCAUGUUAAGAGGACGGCCUAUAACAAAUUAACCAUCUUGUAUAUUCUUUAGUGGGUGAAUGAAAAUGACAGUAGUGUUUAUGCAUCAGCUGAAGUUAGAAUUGAUCGUCUUGGCCUACUACAUGCAUGAUGAUACAUCAUUCGUGAUCAUCAUAUAUCUAAAUUGAAGGUCGUUCGUUUGUAGAAAUUGCUUCAAUAAUCCAAAAGGAUUUUACGAUGAGAAAGUAUAAAAAAAAAGCUAUGGGUGAAGCGCCAGGGACAUUUAACUAUUUGUCAUCUAUGUGUUAAUGACAUAUAGAUCCGAGUGGUAAAUUAAUUGAAGAGUGUCAAAUAGUUAAUUUUUUCCA